AGAAAUUGCAGAUGAUAUGGAAAUGCACGUAUCAUACACAUUUUGGUUUAUAAUUCUGAACACACCUUCCGACUGGCAUCAGUCCAUGGACCAUGUCUUGAGGAUGUAAAUGGAGAAGUUAAUGAAAUUAAAAAGGAAACAUAACCGACCGUUAAUAACAGUUUUUAUUAUUUCCUUUUGAAUGCCUCGUAUUAAGAACUGGAAGAUGAAAAGAAACCAUAUUACCAGUGCUGCCAAACAUAAGACUGUGAUGAGUCUAAAGAAAGGAGUGCGUGGGUCAAAGACGAAAGAUGACUCCCCAGUGUCAGGUAAAGGAAUUCGAACCCGCUUGUCAACUGGCACGAUCCACGUCAGUGGCACUCAGACGUUUAAAGAUAUAAAAUUUGCAGACAGCAACUCACAAGAUGGAACCAAGACCCCAUCUCAGAAAGGUCAAGGAGACACAUUUACGGGUUCAUCGGGUCACAAGCAUCGACUAAAAGAUGUACUUGGUGCUGCCACAGAAGGCUGGCAAGGACCUCCGCCAAAAAAGAGGAAAAUAGGCAAGAACGACGGGUCUGGAGAGGACAACAAGAAUGACUACUUCUGCUGGAUCUGCCACAAAGACGGGUUGAUGGUGUGCUGUGAACUCUGCCCCAGGGUCUACCACGCCCGUUGCCUUAGUGUUGACGAUGAUCUCCCGUCGGACUGGGUCUGCCCGGAAUGUGAGAAGAUAAUGAGAGCGGAGUGUAUUGACACCCAGUCAAAGGCCAUGAAGAUGAUCACGUUGGAUAUGCUGUGUUAUCUACUCAAGUUCACACUGGAACGCAUGAAGAGCUGCCCUGACUCAGAUGUGUUCAUUAACCAAGUAGAUCCAAACGAAGUGCCGAAUUACACCGACUAUGUAUUCCAUCCAAUGACUCUGUCACAGAUAGAGAAGAACAUUAAGAAGAAGUUAUAUGGUAGUACCGACGCCUUUUUAGAAGACGCGAAAUGGAUACUGCACAAUUCUUAUGUUUUCAAUGGAAUACACCAUAAGCUGACCUCAACAGCCAAAACAAUGCUGAAGAUCUGCAAACAUGAGGUUAGUGAGAUCGAGGUGUGUCCCGACUGCUACCUCAGUUCCUGCAAGAGGGAAGAACACUGGUUCUGUCAACCCUGUAGGACACCACAUACUUUAGUGUGGGCAAAGCUCAAGGGCUAUCCAUUCUGGCCAGCUAAGGUUUUGCGUGAGGAAGGUGUCCAGCUCGAUGUGCGCUUCUUUGGAGCUCACGAUCGGUCCUGGGUUUCCAAGUCGCAAGUGUUUCUGUUGUCCGAGCAACCCCCCAGCACCAUGCAGAAACGCAGCUCUGGCAUGGACAUGGCAAUGGAGGAAGUCAGAAUCCACACAGAAAAGAUCAGACACAAAUUUGGAUCAUUUGAGUACGCUGAACACCGUAUACCGUAUGACAGCGGCUACAUGUACACGCCAAUGAGGGUGAAGGUGAAGAAGAGGUUGAAGAGUCCCAAGAAAUACCACCUGCUGCCGAAGAGCACUCUGUCGACCGGUGAAGCCAAACCAACCGACAAAGUCUCUGUUCUGUCGAAAACGGCGUCGGCGUUGAAGAGCAAGUAUAGCAGUAUAAUCACAACUCGCCGUGUGUCUGGGGCAAAAGUGAAAACACUGCCGACAGGCGUGUUUAAAAUCAGCCAGAAAGAGGCUGCAGACCCCAAACUAAAGCCGUUUAAUUCUUCCAACCAACAAGAUGUGACUGUGCCGAAACCUCGACUGCCAGAUAAAGAUGUUAUACGGAAACUGGAGGAGAAAAUAGUUCAAAUAAAUGAGGAGAUGGAAGCUGAGAGUUCACACACUGUUGACAAGGCAGCAGUCACCGUGGAAGAUGAUGUUUUGCAAAAAUCGUCUGAUUCUUCAAAAACAGAAACCAAAACAACUGAUCUUCGGAUGUCUAAUGUAGAUAAAACUGAAACCAAAACAACUGAUCUUCGGAUGUGUAAUGUAGAUAAAACUGAAGAAAAACGUGCUGUGGAAGAUAAACCUGAUGCAGAAAGUAAAGACAGUGUUUCCAUGGAUACGUUAGUAAAGGUUGUUAAAGACAGUGGUUCCAUGGAUACGACAGUAAAGGUUGUUAAGGACAGUGUUUCCAUGGAUACGACAGUAAAGGUUGUUAAGGACAGUGUUUUGGAUACUCCAGAUUCAGGCUCGGGGUGUUCCACGCCUUCCAAAUCUGAGUAUAUGAGUAACUUAAAGAAGACCAUCAAUAGCUGCAUUGAGCAGUUGGGCAUCAGUGAGGACAAGCUGGAGGAGCCGGCGGUCAGCUCCCAGAGUGAGGAAGAGGAAGAGGAGGAUUCGGACAGUGACAGCGUGGACAAUGAGGAUGCAGCCACACAACAACCUUCAGACUCAGUGCAGAGGUCUGACCCCAGGGGAAAAUGUUCAGAAAGUGUUACAACUUCAAGCAAACUACCAGACUUGUUAGACGUGUUGAAGCAGAAGUCAAAGCUGUCAGACUCACCACAGCAGACGGCAGACAUAGAAGGAAAUAUGAACAGCAGCAAUUCAAGUUCUAGUGAUUCAGGAAAGAAACCAGAGAAAGAAUCUUCGAGCUCGACAAGUAGACUAGAUGAUGUUGUGGACGUGAGUCGAGGUUUGGAAAAAUAUAAAGCACAUAAUAACACCAGUGAGAAUGUUUGCAGAAAAAGUGUAGAAAAUGACGAGAAGGCUAAACCUGUUUCUGAAGAAGGUAAGAAAGAUGGUAAAAUAGAUCACAAUAUUUCAGAGAGAAAUAUGAAGAGAAAAAUCUCUAGCUGUGAAGACACUGUUGGACAAGACAAAGUAAGCAGACGCGAGACGUCUCUAGAAAGAGAUGACAAGAAUGUCCCCAGUCACAGCGUUGAAGAAGUGAGAGAGAACUUCAAACAAGUUGUUGAGAAGGCAGUGUCAAAGGAGAUCACAGGAGUACUACGCAAUGUAUCAGCCUCCUCUCCUGACGUGUGCAGUGGAAAGGUUACCCCUCACACCAAGUACAAUGUGAUCAAACUGGACAGUGACUUCGAGCCCACUCUCGUAAUGGAAAUAGACUCUGGUGAGGAGAGCGACUCGCGACUUGUGAUAGAUUUUCAAACUGAUACCAAGAAUGCAGCAAGCUCGGCGGGAAAUUCAGACAUUUUGUCAAAUCGUUGUAACGAAGACGACUUCAUUGUGACAAUGAGUGGCAAGGUAAUGGCACCGACGGUGAAACAACUGAUCUCAGCCCCAAACAUUAUUCGUGGUUUUCCAAAGACAAGUUCCUUAUCUCUCCCCACAGAGACGGCGGCGGCCAAAACAUCAGUGUUGUCCACCAUGCUGCAUUCAGUGAAAAAACCAACUGAUAACACUAGCCCUGCAUCAGGAUCUUCAGCAAAACCUGCCAGUUCAGAAGGCGUUCCCAGCUCAGUUGUUGAAACAUGCACAAACAAGCUGGUUUCAUCCCUAAAAGGACCUCUAGAAGAGUUUGUCAGUGACAUUUGGCAGCAAGCCCAAAAUGAGGUCAAAGGUCAAGCUAGCUCCGAGGAAUUGACAGAGUUGAGGUACAUUCAUUCUCAAGAGAUCUUGGAACUGAAGCACAACUUUAAACUGACAGUUGCUGAGAUGAAGGCAGCUUGGGAGGCAGAGAAAAACAAGUUAUUCCGAGAGUUGAAGCGAAUCUUUGACCAGGAAAAAGAGGCGUGUGUUGCUGCAGCAAAGAAAAAACAAUGGUGUGCCAACUGUUCGAAGGAAGCCAUCUACUACUGCUGUUGGAAUACCAGCUACUGCGACUACGCCUGCCAACAGGCUCACUGGCCGGAACAUCUGCCCAGCUGUAUGCAGGCCACUCAGGAGCCGGACAAGACGUCGAAACCCGACACAAGCACCUCGAAAACACUGAUGACGACGAGUGCAGAGAGUUCAACGCUCGUCAAAACCAGCACGUCUCACAGUCAGAGCAGUUGGGCCGAGAAAGAAGAAGCUAUUCAAGCUCAGAAAGCGUUCAAUUUGACUCCACCAGGGAAUGUCCCAACCUUGCAAAACAGUUCACAGUCAGAAGCGUGGAGAAAUGUCCCACGUCAGCAGAUGGCGACCAAUAUUCAGUUCCUGUCUCAGUCUGGGUUCCAGGUCCUCCCACCCCAAGUUACACAACCGAUUAUACAGCUUUCCUCACUGCUGUUAGCUCCGACUCCAGUCACAGGUGCUGACCGGUCAGCCGGGAAUUCCGAACAUCGUUCCGCACGGACAGGUGAUCGCCAACACCAACUCUCUGAUGUACCCGAUGGUUCGCCAGCCACCGCCGCCGCACCAGAUGAACCCAGCGGGAGGAAACCUGAUGCCCCGUACAUCCGUCUUCCUCACACAGAGCGCAGGUGGCCAGCCACUCCGAGGGCAGAAUGUCAUUCCAAGUCAGAUGCAGUUUCAGAUUAGGCCAUCAUUUUGAACCCAGGUCAGAGACCUGACAACCAGAACUGUCGAUCAUUCACCAGACUUGUUAAUGCUGCACUCAGUAGAAGUCGUAAAUAGCGUAUUUCUUGAUUCACAAGUUGUGAAGAGCAUUCGUUUGGCAUAAUAACCCGUGAACACAACUUGUAAACUGGGGUUGAAUUUUUUCUGUCUCAAUCUUCACAACUUGUGGAAAAAAUGGCAGAACAAACACAAAUUGUUAGUUCAGUUAUGAGUUGUGGUGUGACAGAUUGGAGUGACAGUGCAGAUUGUCUAACAUACAUCACCUGAACGCUCUCCAUUUGUUGAAGUUGUGCUCACAAUUUGGAACUUGUAAAUUCACAAUAUUCACCAUGAGUACCAAAUAAACGCAACAUAUGUGUCGACCAGUACAAGGCUUGUUUAAGCUGUUGAUUAUUCAGUUAGUUCAUGGCCUGGGCCCUAAACGUUGAAUGGACCAGGCAGGGCCCAUGCUUAUAUACGUUUUGAAGUCUAAAUUCAAGAUUUUAACAGUCUUCAGACUUAAAGUACGGGAGUCCGGAACUAACAAAAUCUACACACAAAAAUGUAUUUGGCUAGGAUUCAUUAUAUGUUGGUUCUUAACGAUACUGUCAUUUUGUUCAUUCAAAAUUGUUGAUUAAACUAUUAAGUUUUA